AACUUUUUCGUAUACGCAUGCGCAGUCCAUACAGCUGCAGCCAACACCAAAGGUCUGGACGGUCUGCGCCUAUUAUUCCAAGAUGGCGGACCUCCUAGGUUCAAUCUUAAAUUCGAUGGAAAAACCUCAAACAGUCGGCGACCAGGAAAGCCGACGAAAGGCUCGAGAGCAAGCAGCAAGAAUCAAGAAGAUGGAGGAGGAGGACAAAAGAAAGAAAGCAGAGUUCAGGAAAAAGAUGGAGAAGGAGGUGUCAGACUUUAUUCAGGACAGUUCACAGCAGAAACGAAAAUACAACCCUAUGGGCAAGAUUGAAAGGAGUAUAUUGCACGAUGUCGCAGAAGUAGCUGGUCUGACUUCUUUUUCAUUUGGGGAGGAUGAGGAGUCUCGUUACGUCAUGCUUUUCAAGAAGGAGUUUGCUCCAUCAGAUGAGGAACUGGAAGCCUAUCGCAAAGGAGAAGAGUGGGAUCCCCAACUGGCCGAGCAGCGGCGAAGACUAAAAGAACAGGCUGCACUGGAAGAAGCAGCAUCCAGUCAGGCAAAGAAAUCAGAAGCAUGUCCCAACUCCAACUACAGAGACAAGUAUAGCCACCUGAUUGGCACCUCAGCUGCAAAAGAUGCAGCACAUACACUAGAGGCCAACAGUGCGUAUGGUUGUGUGCCGGUGGCCAACAAGAGGGACACCCGCUCCAUAGAGGAGGCCAUGAACGAAAUCAGAGCGAAGAAACGGCAGAAGCGAGAGGACAACCCAGGGGCGCACAGCAGCGCUUCUUGAGCCAGUGUCUCAGCUUUCUGUCUGCUGUUGCGUGUGUGUGUGGGUGGGUGUGUCUGUGUGAACACUUAAUUUGUUCUGUAAUGCAGUAUCCUUCACUGCAGACAUCAGGUGUUGACUCACUCUAACUGGGUCUGUGCUGAAAUCUGUGUGAAGUGGAGGAUGCUCAGCUGUGUCUGAUCCAGGAGGUUGAUCCCUCUACAUGUUUGUUGAAUAUCAUGUCUACAUAGGUGUAGCGUGAGCAGGUCUGGUGCUCCAGGUGUGUGUGCACAGGAUGUGUUCAGGCACAAUACUGAGUGUAGGUCACCCGUAUUU